AUGGGGACCGCCUACAAAACUCCAAUCGGAGCCUCCCCUUACAAGCUGGUUUAUAGGAAGGCAUUCCAUUUACUGGUGGAACUUGAGCACAAGGCCUACUGGGCGAUAAAGAAGCUAAACUUUGAUGCAGAAUUAGCGCGUGAAAAACGGUUGAUGCAAUUGAACUAUCUUGUUGUGUUUCUCUUGCACGCGUAUGAGAAUGCCAAGUUAUAUAAAGAAAAGACCAAGCGCUGGCAUGAUAAGAGUAUCUACAAUCGCGAGUUCGAACCGAACCAAUUGGUUAUAUUGUUCAAUUCGAGGUUGAGACUCUUUCCGGGGAAGCUCAAAUCAAAAUGGUCAGGCCCGUUUGAGGUAGUAAGAGUCAGUCCACAUGGUGCAACUGAGCUGCGCAUCUUAGGUGGCGAGAGAUCGUUCUUAGUGACGGACAAAGAGUAA